AGGCUGUGGCUGUGAUCGCUCAUUCCUUCUGCACCGUUGCUGCCUGCCGCUGGCAGGUUUCCGGCACCACACAGCCAUGACGACCUCGGCGCUGCGCCGGCAGGUGAAGAACAUCGUGCACAACUACUCGGAGGCGGAGAUCAAGGUGCGGGAGGCCACCUCCAAUGACCCCUGGGGACCCCCCAGCUCCCUGAUGUCAGAGAUCGCCGACCUCACCUUCAACACGGUGGCCUUCGCCGAGGUCAUGGGCAUGAUCUGGCGGCGGCUGAACGACAGCGGCAAGAACUGGCGUCACGUCUACAAAGCCCUCACCCUCCUGGACUACCUCAUCAAAACCGGCUCCGAAAAGGUGACCCACCAGUGCCGGGAGAACCUCUACACCAUCCAGACGCUGAAGGACUUCCAGUACGUGGACCGCGAUGGCAAGGACCAGGGCAUCAACAUCCGUGAGAAGGUGAAGCAGGUGAUGGCGCUGCUGAAGGACGAGGAGCGGCUGAAGCAGGAGCGGGCGCACGCGCUGCAGACCAAGGAGCGCAUGGCCCUGGAGGGCAUGGGCAGUGGCAGCCACCAGGUCACCUACGGCCGCCGUGCGUCACCCUACGGCGAGGACUACGGCCGGGCACGGGGCUCGCCCUCCUCCUUCAACUCAUCAUCCUCAUCCCCACGGUUCGCCUCUGACCUGGAGCAAGCACGGCCCCAGACGACAGGCGAGGAGGAGCUGCAGCUGCAGCUGGCACUGGCCAUGAGUCGGGAGGAGGCAGAGAAGAAGCCACUUCCAAUUUCCAGUACAGACGAAGAAAGGCAAUUGCAGCUCGCGCUCGCGCUGAGCAAAGAGGAGCACGAGAAGGAGGUGAGGACUUGGCAAGGGGAGAACUCCCUGCAGCAGAGAGCCGUGGAGGAGACUGCCCAGGGCAGGGAGGAAGAGCAAGAAGAAGAUAAGAUGAAGAAAAGCCAGUCCUCUAUCCUGGAGCUGGCAGAUAUAUUCGGACCAGCGCCAGCACCCUCCAGCCACGCGUCUGCUGACCCGUGGGAUGUGCCAGAUAUGAAAGCCAAAGCGGAGCCGGUGGCCUCUGCCUGGGCCGGUGCAGCAGAUCCCUGGGUGCCAGUCCCGGACACCAGUGGGGAGCCCCUCUCCCAGGCGAGUGCCUCAGCCCAGCAAACAUCUGCCGGGCCCUGGGAUUUUCCACCCAGCACCACUGCAGCCUCCGACCCCUGGGGGAAGGCACCCGUUUCUUCUGGCUUCCCUCCUGCUGACCCUUGGGGGACAGCAUCACCCCCAGCCCCUCAGGGCUCCGGUUCCACUCCAGCUCCUGACCCUUGGGCUGCUGUGCCCGAGCAACCUCCGAACGCUGGUAAGAGGCUUGAUGGACCUUUUGGCUUUGCUGGGGAUUCUGGACAGCCCUGAGCAUCGCUACCCUCCUGCGAGUGGGCAUCUCGGCGCUCUGCCCCCAUCCUCCUGCAGCCAGCUCCCCAAACACCCCCUGCCCGCUCUCCUGCCCCGCAGCAGGACCUCUGCUCACCCCUCAGCAUCCUGAAGACUUCAAGGAACUUUUAGGCUCUGUCUCUGCACAGAAUAGGCUGUUUUAAUUAACACGGCAGUUAACGGAGCCCUCCCGUGGGAGCGGAUGGCAGCCACCACGCCACUCCAGCAGCAGGUUGAUGGUGUGUCCCGUCGGUGAUACCUGUUUGCUCACCCCAAACCACCCCUGCACACCACGCCAGGACCAGACGGGACGGUUGCUGGUCGCAGGUGCCACGUUGCAGAUGGGGAGGCAACUGUAGGAGCAGCCUGUGUUUCGGAGCUCAGUGCCACUCUCAGUUCCUCCUUGGUGCUUCCUCCAGCCCCGUGCAGGUCCUGUGUGUCCUGUCCCCAGUUUCGGUCCCUGGUGAGGGGCACAGAACCUGCU